AUGUGUUCUUUUUUUCUUUCUUUCGAACUUUAUUUACUCUUUUUCAUCCGUUUCUCUCGUUCUCUCUUUCCCUUUUCAUUCCCCCCCACUCCCUACCAUUGCAAUUUAAUCGUUUUCUUUAACUUCGAUCCUGCUUUUUCUGUUCAACCUUUUCGAUUUUUAUCUCUCUUUUUUCUUUUUUCUUUUUUAUAUUUUAAUUCAUUUUCUUUAACUUUCUUCCUUUUUUUUGUCUUCAUCCUCUUUCUAUCUUCUUUUAUUUUUCUUUUCUUUCACCUUCUCUCGCCCUUUUACUAUUUCUCUUUCACCUACCUCUCCCAUAUUUUCCCCGCUCAUACCUUCUUUUAUUAUUUUGGCUAUCGCACCUUAUGCAUUACAUACACAGGCGCGCAUGCGCCCCCCCCCCACACACUUGUUAACUUUUCUACUUUUCAUCUAUCUAUCUAUCUAUCUAUCUAUCUAUCUAUCUAUCUAUCUAUCUUUUUCAUCCCUCUCUACCUAUCUACCAAUCUUGUUCAUUCCUCCGCCUCUCUUGUUCAUUCCUCCCUCUCUAUAUUGUUCACUCUUAACCAUCUAUCUAUCUAUCUCUCUAUCUAUCUAUCUAGUUCAUUUUUGUCUCUCCCUUCCUCCAUCUCACUCUCUCUCUCUCUCUCUCUCUCUCUCUGUCUACCUAUCUAUUUUGUUCAUUUUUCUCUCCCGCUUUUCUUCUCUCUCACUUUCCCCCUCUCUCUCUAUCUAUCUAUCUAUCUAUCUAUCUAUCUAUCUAUCUAUCUAUCUAUAUAUAUAUAUAUAUAUAUAUAUAUAUGA